AUGAGCAUCACUCAAACCUACUAUCUCGCCCACACCGCCCGCAAGAAGCUCACCCGUGAAGCUUCCCGGGCGGACCAUGAUCUCCGCCUUCUGGUUGGCCACGCCAACCUCCUCGAUUCGCUCAUGCUGGAGCUGGCUGAUGCCGAACGUGAACAAGAACAUUGGUUCAACCAGACCGUCAGCGGUGUGACCAAGACCUCCCACCACUCCGAGCCUCGACACAUCCAAUGGGCGGAGACUGUCGUUGAGGACCCGGAGGAGGACUGGGAUCCCGAGGACCUUUCUGACGCCGACUCCGACGUCAGCGAGGAUGACUCCGACUACGACGAAGACCAGUAUGAGCCCACUACCUACAGUCCGGUGCGACGACGGGCUCCCUCCCCGGUGGCCAUCAUCACCGAGAAAGAAAUCGAGGAGGAUUACGACUCCGAUUCUGAUUCCGACUUUGAGUACGACGAUGAGGAGGAUCUGGAAGAAUUGACCCUGACCCGCUCGCCGUCCCGACAAACCCCGCCCGAGCUGCUGUCCGACUCGGAUGGAGAGUCGGAAGACGACACCAUGCCCCCUUCACCUCCUCAACCAACCCUGGAAACAUUUAACGAGAAGGAGCCGCAAACCGCGGAAAUCCCUCUCUCCCCGACUGGUCUGGAGAAUGGCUACUACGUUCCCGGCCAAGCGCCAAGUGCGAUGCUUGAAGCUUAUUGA